AUGUUUCAAAUAAUUAGAAUAAAAUCAAAGUUUGAUUUUGAGUAUCGACGUUUCUCUAUAAAAAUUUCAAAAGGUGUUGAUUUAUUCUCGUUUGAUGAUUUUGCAAAAAAUGUACAACAAAUUCAUGAUCUCAUUGAUAUUCCUAUUUCUAUUUGUUACAUAUCAAAGGGUGGAGAUUUACUUCCUAUAAAUAAUGAAAAUAAUAUGAGGAAAGCUUUUGAAGGAAAUUUAUUAAGACUUGUUGUAAGUAAAAAAAAAGAUUCAUGGACAGAACAUGUGAAUGAAAGUAAUGUUCAGUUAAGAAAGAAAAAAAGUGUAUCUACUUUAUUAAAUUUUUCAAAUAGUAGUAAUCAAAAAAACUUUACUAUAUCUCAGCCGAUGGAUUUUAGAAGAAUUUCGGCAAUUCUUGAUGUUAACAAUCUUCCUGAAUCUCAGAGACGAGUUCAUUUAUGUAAACAAGAAGGCGAUUUAAGUUUAGGUUUUUACAUUAAAACAAACACAGUUUUUAGAAUAACACAUAAUGGUAUUGUAAAGAUGAAUGGAAUUUUUGUAUCAAGGCUAGUACGUGGAGGAAUAGCAGAAUUAUCUGGUCUAUUAUCACCAAAUGAUGAGAUUUUAGAAGUUAAUGGUAUAUCAGUUGACAAUAAAAGUCUUGAUCAAGUUGCAGAUAUCAUGGUAGCCAAUUCAUAUAAUCUUAUUUUAACAAUCAAACCAGGAACACCGUUGCCAUUAACAAGAAAUGUUUUAAAAAGACGUCAGAUCAAAAGUAGUUAUGGAUGUGGAAUGUACAAUAAUGGUUUUAAUUUUGAUACUACAAUUUUUGAAUUACCAGAAUCAUACAAAGAUUCUCUUUGUGUAACACCAGUAACAGCAAAAAUUGAUUGGAACCAUCAUUCACCAUCAUCUGAAGAAGAGUUAAAUGAUUUUGAUUUUUAA